GCCGUCGGAUGGUAGCCUAGGCUACGGCAGUCCAGAUGUGGUGAACGUAGCGCUAUCUGAAGUUCAUGAAAAAAAAAAAAACAACAACACGGGGAAGCUAUGAAGAACAGUGAAGUUGUGACGAUUCGAAUUCUGGACUGGAUAUAACAUUAAUAGGAAGAAAUGCACACUUCAGUGGUUGGUCAGUCCUAUGAUUGUGUCAACAUGCAUCCUCAAUCCUACCAAGUGACCCAGCAAAACCAGGUGCUUUACAGCUAUCCUGUCAACAGCAACCAGUAUGGGCAGCCAGUUGGAAACGCAUGGCUUCAUUCAAACCAAACCAACCAAAUUCAAAGUUCCCAAGGAAUCCCCAGUUCCAAUUUCAAUCAGCAGGUCCACUGCAGACCCAGUCAUCACCACCUUUCUUCACAGCAUGGAACAUACCCCCCACAGACUAGUUACAAUGGAAAUGGAUCUCAUAUAAUGUCAUCACCAAAUCGGGAUUCUGUUUGCCCAACUGCAGUUUCAGCCUCAGCCCUAACUUCAGGAACGUACAACAGUUCCCGUGGAUACAGCACUGUGGAUACAGACACACUUAAUUACUUACUUUCUAACAAUCCGAAUGUCAAUAGAUCAUCUCACUCAGGGCAGACAUUACAGUUACAGACAGGACAGCUACACCAGUCAAGCUCUCAAGUUGUCCACGUUAAUACGCAGAAUGUUGAAAACGUAUCUUCUCACCAAUCCCAGGCAUUACAGUUGCAGAAAUCCCACUGUCAACCUGGUAUUUCAAACCAAGGCAGGUAUGGACAACAUAUUCAGAACAUUUCAAAUUGUGCAGGGAAGAUUUUUUUAAAAAACCAGUGGACAAAACAAAAACUGGCCCAGGCAUAUCCUCCAAAUUCAGAUAAUAGUAAACUGCAAAAUACCCAGACGAAUGGCAGAUCAGGCUCCAUAGGCCCCGCAUUACAACCAACGCAAAAUAGCUUGAUUCCUUGCAGAGCAUAUGGACAAAAUGUGACACCAGUCCCAUUACCUGCCUCAAGGAGAAAUGUGGUAGGUCAGUCACCUACCACUUCAUCCACAAUGGCUUCUCAAUUCACAAUUCACACAAACACUUCAACCCACUCACCUCCUGUCUCCUCAAAUGAGCAGAGACUCAACCUUCUGUAUCAUUAUGGACCACACUCACAGUCAGCCCUCUCUCAAAACAUGAACGUUCCCUCUUGUUCCAAUGCUUUGCCCCCCUCAGCCACCAACAACAAUAGUCUGCCGCCUCCAAAUAAUGGUACAAUGUUCAGAUACAGCGCUGCCCACAUAAAUCAGAACAAUCCCACUCCUGUGGGCAAUUCACCCAUGGUGGCCUCUCCCUCUCCUUUAUCGGAUGUGAAUGGAUUACCUCCACCUCCUUAUCCUGGAACAUACUCACAGUCGGCCCCUUCUAAAAAUGUGAGCGUUUCCUCCUCUGGAUCCAGUGAUUUUCUUCCAUCAACCGCCAGAGCCAACUGUUCGCUGCCUCCUCGUUGUCAUGUUUUGGGAAGUCCCAGCUCUGUACAUACCAGCCAGAACAAUCACACUUUUGUGGACAGUUCAAACAGAAACAAAAGUAGUGCUCCCAACCUUGGCAAUGGACAUUCUGUUCAUGGUGCACUUGCCCAACAAGAAAAUGCCUCUGUUGACUCACCCCAAUGGAGGUUGUUUCAACAGCAGCAUUCACAGCGGAAAGCAGAUCUGUACAACAACCAUACAACAAACUCGCGCAACAAACCUUCCGCAAAUCCGCUCUUGUAUCUUCUUAUAACAGGCAGUCAGAAAGACACACAGAAUAUUGAACAGAACAUUGCAUUUAUGGACUGCAAUGGCUCUAUAACGCAAGGGUCCCCUAACAAAAGUGUACAGACACAUAGAGCAGUUGCAGUCGUACCUCCUAUAUCAAAGCCACCUGGAAUUGGUAGCAAAGGGAAGAAAUGUGAUGAUGUCCUUCCAUCCAACUAUGAUGACCAUCAGCCCCUGUUAAUAAAAGAUUUGCCAUCGCUUGCUGAUGACAUAAAAACCAAGGAGGCCAAUGUUUUGCCAUGUGACACUGGCAGUGCUGCUAUGAGGAAAACAUCAUCAUGUGUAAAGUCUUCAGAGGUUGGCUGUCGUCCUGAAGCUGACGUCACCGAUGAGACUGUAGUCUGCAACAACUUGGAUUCUCUCAACAGCCUGCCCCCUGAAAACAAAGAUACUCCCAAGGACCAGAACAAUGAAGAGUUGUGUGGACCAGAUGUUUUCUUUGGUGUGCCUGUAGUGCCAUUCAGUCUGACAAUGUUGAAGGCGUUGGCGAUAGCCCUGGAGUUGGUAGAAGAGGAAAAAAAUAGAAGAAAAAAUGAAAACAGAAUAAACAACAAACCAGAAUGUGCAGAUGCUGUACUUGAUCUUUAUUGGGGUGGCAAACAUCUCAACUAUAAUUUGGCAGAACUGAACAGUACAUUUGUAAAUAUAUUGACGGAGGCUGCAGAGUUUGACACAGAAGAAAUCAAGAUUCUGUUUGAGACCAUGAAGGUGGAAAAUGUAAUUCAGCUGAAGCAAAAGGGCCAUAUUACCAAUAGUUCUGACUGUGACAUAGCAAUGGAGUUAGAUAAGUCAUCAUGGAGAAAUUUGAAUGAUGAGUCAUUGGACAUUGACAGAGAAUUGGCAGAUGAAGAUUUUACAAAAGAAAUUUGUGGAUCGUUGCUGGAGAGAAACUUGCUCAGUAGUAUUCAAGCCCCAGGUACCACAUCUCUCCAUGAGGACAGUGUGUCUAAGGAAGAUAUCUGUCCAUCCUCACCAUUGGCAAAACCAGACACAUCUUCUUUGUACAGUGAAAACGGCAGUGGCAAAGCCGAACAGACUAAACAUGGCAAAAGUCAAGAUGAUCUAAGACAAAAAGUGACAGUGCCCGCCAACAACAACAGUGAUAGACAAAGUGUUUCAAAAAAGGAAAACAAAGAAGAUGAUGUCUCCCCUCAGCUUUCGGUGUCCUUGAGAAAUCUUAAUAGACAUUCAUAUGAAAAAUCAGCUGCAGCUGACACUCAGAAUGACACAGUAUUCAACAUUGCUGAGAUGUCUGAGAAACAAACCUCUGAACAGUGUUUCGGAAUAGGUUCAGCCAGCACAGCUGUUCAAAUAAAUUCAUACUCACAAGAUUCUGUGGACUCGGGACACAACAGCAGGGACUUGGACUAUGAGAUGAGUGUGACUGAAGAACGCAUUCUGUCAUUGUCUGAAAGAAUUUGUGAACAGGUGGACACAUCAGAGAAGGACUGUCCAGUGAGCCCAGCUGAUACGAUGCUGUCCAUCAAAUUAACUGCUCUGUCAUCUGAAAACAAAGAUAUGGCUGAUUCUGAAAAUGUACAUCAGGACCUCAUUAGUUCUCCACAGAAAGGUCUGACAUCACCUAGCAAUGAGUAUUCAUAUGAAUCUUACCCAGACUCCCUGAAGAGUCCAGAUGAACCCUUGAUGUCAAUGAAAAUAACAGUGUUGUCAGUGGAUGAGUUUAAGGCAUUGUCAAAAGAAUUAUGGGCAGACUCUGAUGACCGUGAACACAAUGUUGCUCCAUCUUCUCCCAUUUGGAUUGACAGUGAGGAUGAUGAUUCUGAGGUGGACUUGGAGCACACUUGUAAGACAAUUGGAAAUUUGAGUCAAAUGAUGAAACAAGAAAAGAUUACCACAUUUGAAGAGGAGAUUCCAUCCUUUCCCUCCAUCGAGCAAGUGUUGAAACAUUGUGAAAUACGGACAGGCAGAACAGAAAAACAGAAUGACAACAUGGAAAAUUCAGCUACAAAAGGGUUAACUAGUCUUCUGAAGGAUAGCAGGAAGGAGGACACUCUAGAACAUGAAUCUCAAAAUGCUUGCAAAAAGGCCCAGGCUUUGGCAACCCAUCCAGCAGCCAAGUCACCGGAACAGGAGAUUCUUAUCCCUUACUCCUCACCCAGCGGGAUUAAAGCCAGCUCUCCCAUCUCCCCAUCUGCCCCCAUAAGGACAACAAACUCUGAUGUAAUGAAGGAAUCAAGUCCACUGCAGACUGAAAGGUCAAGUGCAAGCCACGGACAUGAAAACAGCAGCCCCACCAGCAUUCUCCUAUCUCCAGUCUCCAGUCCCUUCAAAACAUGUAGAAUGGAACCACUCGAAGAUUGGGAGCAUUCAAAGUUGAUAGAUGUCCUUUGUCCAUUAGGCCAUUCACCCCUGAGAGUAACUGAGAAAUGUAAUGAAUCCCAAGACACUGGUACAUCAGACAACAUGAAGACACCAGACAAAAAAAGGCACAGAGAUUAUGAUGCAAGCCUCACUAUUACCUCAGGGGAGAAUGUUCUGGAUCAGGCAGACACUCCAGAAUCGCCAAACAGGAAAAGAAAACGUGUAACGUUUAAGCUGUAUGGAUCCCAAAAAGUAGAUUCUAAGGAUGCGAAUGAAAUGAAUCAGUAUCGCUCAAACUGUGAUCGUAAUUUGCCUCCUUUACUUGAUAUUUCAUAUUCCCCCGACAACACAUCUGCAAAAGACAAGAUCAGGAAAAGUUGGGGGGACAGUUUUGUGCCCACUACUGGCAAAUACAGGAGACUGUCAAGCUCAGAAGAUAAGAACAGGGAAAAGAAUGUGCCUGAAAGACCAGUAAAUCACUGUGAAUUAUCUGGAAAGGACAAGGAUGAGCAGCAGCAAUCAUCCAGCAAGAAGCACCGGUCAGGUCGCAGAAAGCGUAAACGCAGGUUCUGGACUCUAGGCGAAGUGAGAAUGGAAGUUGAGAGGAAGAACACAUCCAUAGAAAAGUCUCUGCUAGAAAAGCAAGACAUGGGACUACAUGUGAUUAAACGGUAUCAGCAGAUUCACAUGAAAGUGUGAACUUUGGAGGAAGAAUAACAACGAGUGAAAGAAAAUACCUCUUAUGAGAUUACUUGAAAUGGCAUCAGGAUGUGAGGCCAACUGUGUUCUGCUUUGUCUCAGAUCUGGAUGUGUAGUAAAUUAUCUGUCAUGUUACUUUUUUUUUCUUUCCUGGUUGGUACUGUUGGACUUUUUUGGAAGUUUUCUGGAUUCAUCAAACAGUCUCAGGCAGUCAGCAGUCAGUCAGAAUUCUUCAGAGAGCUUUGUUCACUGCACCGGAGACAUACUGAACGUUGUGUGGCUAAUAAACGCAGUCUGACGUUACAAUACAAAGUUACACCUCUUAUACAAUCUUGACUAAUGACUUCCAUCUGUGCCAUGCUAGUCAGUUAACAACACAACAACAGUUUUUCCCACAAGGUUGUAUCCCAAACGAACGCCACCUGUGCCAUGUUUUCAGGUCUGACUUGACCCCACUAAUCUGAAGGGAGAUGCCAGCCUGACCCUGAGACAACAACAGCUCCCUCCCAGACCCACACUAUCUCAACAGAAACCGCAGGAGACCCGGAAACAGGAGACAUAUCAGACGCAAAUCAUCUCAGCUACGUCGACCAGCACAUUUCCAUUUCUGCAGUAAAGACUAAAAGUGGAAAUAAGUAAAUGUAGAUUAUCACACAUACGGGUUUGAACACACACACACACACACUCUUGAAAGUUAUGUAAGCGUUAAAAUUUAUUCCUACAGUAUGUAGCCCAGAAUUUUGAUAUUUGUGAUAUACUAUGCAACAUAUUGUUGACUCACCUUUUGUUAAACCUUCAGGUUAAGGUUGAAU